AUGGACACUCUCCCGAAGCUCCAAACCGCUAUUGUCGGGCGCGAAGGCGGCGGCCUUAUUUUAACGAAUGAUGUCCCCCUCCCUGAGUUAGAGGAUGACAUGGUUCUCGUCAAAAAUGUAGCCAUUGCGAUAAAUCCAGUGGACACUAAGAUGGCUGCACCUCAUUUGGUCACCCCUGGAGCGGUUGCGGGCCAUGACUUUGCAGGAACAGUCGUCGCCAUGGGAAAGAAUGUUUGGACGGCGGCGAAUAUCAGUAUUGGAGAUCGGGGACUCCAUAAUCUCUCCCCUCGGGUCGGGGCCUAUGCAGAGUACGUUGGCGCCACAGACGUCGUGCUGAUGAAGGUCCCGGACUCCUUGUCCUUCGAGCAAGCUGCGUCGCUAGGGACUGGAAUUGGGACUAUGGGACUAGCAUUGUUCCAUAACCUGGGUGUUCCAGGAUACCCUACCAAGCCGGCCGCCAUGGAAAAGACCGUGCUUGUAUACGGCGGUAGUACGGCGAGUGGGACGCUUGCCUUGCAGCUGCUAAAACUGUCUGGCUUGAAACCAAUCACAACCUGUUCGCCCUCCAAUUUUGAGCUGGUGAAAUCCUAUGGUGCGGCUGAAACUUUUGAUUACCGCUCCAAAAACUGCGUGGAACAGAUCAAGAAACACACAAGGAACUCGCUCAAAUAUGUCAUCGACUGCGUGUCUGAGCCCGAAACUAUGGAAUUCUGCUACCAGUGUAUGGGCCGAUCAGGUGGAAAACUGGUCACCCUCGAACCUCCACCAAAGUACUUGAACAGCAGGCCGAAAACAAUUAAGACAGACUGGGUGCUGGGCCCAGCGCUGCAUGGAAAGGCAAUUGGAUGGCCAGAACCGAUGACAAGAGAACCAGCGCCGGAGCUGAAGGAGUUUGCAAAGUCAUGGUUUACAACCGUGCAGGAACUUUUGGAUCAGGGAAAGCUGAAAACCCAUCCGCUUAGAGUGAUGGAUGGCGGAUUUCCAGCUAUACUUGAUGGGUUGGAGUUGCUGAAAACGAAACAGGUGUCAGGGCAGAAGUUGAUAUACCGAUUAUGA